AUGGAGGUGAAUACCCCUCACACCAGAGGGCACGGAGACUCAGCGGCCCGCUCGUGCCGCUGUGGGAACAAGAUUGCGAGCAGGGAUCCACACCAGGUCUGCUCGGGCUGCCUAGGGCUGGAACACGCCCGGCUAGCUAUCGACGUCCCCGGCUCGUGUCAACACUGCGCGGUGUUCACGGUCAAGAGUCUCCGCCGACGGCUAGCCCGCCAGGCUAGCUUGUCUGGAUUCGACCCCUAUCUCCCAUCCGACGGCGCCGCCGGAGACGGAGAGGAGACGGGGGUUGCUGGGGUGGCGGUACCGGAGGCUUGCGCCAGCUGGGGCUCCCAGGCUGACCUCGCCACGGUCUCCCCGCAGGAGGAAGACGUCCUGGAAUUGGACUAUGGGGACGAUGAUGACUGCGCCUCUGAACUCCUCAUAUCAGAGGAUGAAGAAGAGGACGACGUCUUCAUCACUCCGGCCGGGGCUGCAAAGCCCGCGGUCUCCGUUGCCUUUCGGGAUGGAGAUGAGAGUAGCUCACCAGCCUCUCCCCUCCCCAGCUCGGACAUGCUCGACGUGUGCAAACGCGCUGCUGCCCGGCUGGCCAUCCCCUGGCCCGCUGUCGUAACUGAGACCACCAGGUCCCGCUACGAGGGGAAGAAAUUGCCCCUGGCCAGGAGCGCGACAAGGCAACUUCUCCCCGUCUUCCCAGAACUGCUGGAUGAGGUGGCGCGCUCGUGGAAAGACCGCCCCUACAGCAGCAGGAGCCCGGUCCCCGGUGCCUCGUCCCUCGACUGUGAAGCGAUGGAGAGCCUGGGCCUGCUCCGUAUGCCUCCGAUGGAGCCACUCGUCGCGGCGCACCUCCACCCGCGGCUGUCAGCGGUAUCCUCCCGGAGCCCCAGCCUGCCGUCUAAGUCGGACCGUUUUCAGUCAGCCCUGACUGAAAAGGCCUACAAGGCAGCUGCGCUUUCGGCCAGAGCGCUCAAUGUCCUCUCCCUGCUCACGGCCUACCAGGCUGAGUUGUGUGAGGAUUUUGUGCAAACUCAGGACCCGGCUACGUGGGAGGAGAUCCCGGUCAUCACCGACCUGUGUCUCCGUGUCCAACGCUGCGCGGUCCAGGCCACGGGGAAAGCGAUGGGGACCAUGGUCCUGCAGGAACGGGCGCGGUGGCUCAACCUCGCCAACCUGUCGGACAGGGAGAAGGACGACGUCCUGGACAUGCCCAUUGUCCCGGAGGGGAUUUUUGGCUCCGCGUUGGCCUCAAUGCAACGGCGGUGUGAAGCCAAAAAGAAGGAGGAUGAGGCUCUCCAGCUCUGCCUCCCCCGUAAGCCCCCUGCGCCCUCUCCACCUGCGCAGCGUAAAACCUUCGCAGCCGCACGGCCUGCGCCAGAGCGAGCCGGGAGAGAUGGACGUUUGACGGCGGAGAGCCGAGUGCCGAGGGCGCAGCUAAUAAAAGCCAAAAGAAUCACAAUGAGCAGCGCGGUGGCAACGCUCGCUGUUCCCCCUCGGGUAAAAGCCGAGGCGGGGACGACGGGGCCGCCGCGCUGCCCACCCGGACGGCCGGCCACUGUGCCGUCCGGGUGCCGUGCCACUGUUCCACCACAGGAGGCCGCCACCGCACCGCGGCUGGGGCCUCUCGUGGUGGAGGGGCUGCGGUGCGGGACCACUCUCUCCCUCAGGUGGGAGAGAUGGGCCGCACUCGCGGCUCCGCCCUGGGUGUUGAGGACGAUUUCGCGGGGUUACAGGUUGCAGUUCGCCGCCGUUCCUCCGCGAUUCGCCGGUAUAAUACACUCUCAGGCUCGGGGGGAGUCAGCUCGUGUUUUGCAGGAGGAAAUCCUCUCGCUGUUAAACAAAAGAGCAAUCUGUGUCGUUCCCCCCGCACAGUGUCAGAGCGGUUUUUACUCCAGGUAUUUUCUGGUUCCCAAACGGGGGGGGACCGGUAUUCGCCCUAUCCUGGAUUUACGUGCUCUGAACAAAUUUCUCAGGAAAUACAAAUUCAGGAUGCUUACACACGCAUCCCUGUUGCGCCUUGUGCGGCAGAACGAUUGGUUCACUUCUGUCGAUCUGAAAGACGCGUAUUUCCACAUCCCGAUCUAUCCUCCCCACAGAAAGUAUCUGAGGUUCGCUUUCCAGGGGAUCUGCUACGAAUAUCGCGUACUUCCCUUCGGCCUGUCUUUAAGCCCGAGGGUGUUUGUGCGGUGCACGGAAGCGGCGAUAGCCCCGCUGAGACGGCAGGGCAUCCGCCUGGCCACGUAUCUGGACGACUGGCUGCUGCUGGCACAGUCGGAACAGGAGGCCAGAGCGCACACGCGUAUUCUCAUGCAACACCUGGUGGAUCUGGGUUUCGUGAUAAACGCGGAAAAGAGCGUGCUGUCCCCGGCGCAGGAGAUAAUCUUUCUGGGAUUAUCCCUGGACUCGGUGUCUUUCACGGCGCGCCUCUCGGCGGAGCGUGUGAGGGUCUUCAGGACAUGUCUCGCGCUUUUUCGUCCGGGGAAAUCUGUUCGAUUCAGGUUGUGUCUUCGGUUACUCGGGUUGAUGGCGUCUGCCAUUCUCGUAGUCCGUCUCGGUCGCCUCCACAUGAGGGAAUUCCAGCUGUGGGUGGCCUCAUGUGGGCUGGACCCCGUGCGUCAUGGCGCACAGAUGGUGCCGGUCACGCCGGGGUGCGCCGGGUCGCUGCGCCACUGGCGAGUCCCGUCCUUUCUGACCCGCGGGGUACCCAUGGGCUCCGUUCUGUCCAGGAAGGUGGUCACUACGGACGCCAGCCUGACGGGAUGGGGCGGGAUUCACGAGGGCCGGUCUGUGAGGGGCGUCUGGAGUGUGGGCCUCCAGCGGUCUCACAUACAUUUUCUGGAGCUUUCAGCGGUGUUCCUCUCCCUGAAACAUUUUCUUCCGUCUCUCAUGGGUCAUCAUGUCCUGGUGAGGACGGACAAUACGACGACGGUGGCGUAUAUCAACCGUCAGGGGGGUUUACGCUCCCGUCAGCUGCACAUGUUGGCACGCAGACUGAUCCUGUGGAGCUGCGGUCGUCUCCUCUCCCUGAGAGCGACGCAUGUUCCGGGAGUCCUGAACACGGGCGCGGACCUGUUGUCCAGGGGCGCGCCAGUGUACGGGGAAUGGACUCUGCACCCGGAGGUUGUGGAGCAGUUGUGGUCCCGUUACGGUCGGGCCGCGGUGGAUCUGUUCGCGUCGCGAGAGAACGCGCAGUGCGCGCUGUUUUACUCCCUGCGCGGCGUGGAUGCUCCCCUCGGCAUAGACGCGUUAGCGCACGCCUGGCCGCACGAGCUUCUUUAUGCGUUCCCUCCCCUGGCCUUGAUACCCCCCACUCUGUCCAGAGUGAGGGAGCACGGCCACGCGCUGAUUCUGGUAGCUCCGCAUUGGCCUGCGAUGCAUUGGCUGGCGGAGAUAUAUCGGUUGCUGUGCACCCAACCCUGGCAGCUCCCGCUGCGCAGGGACCUGUUGUCGCAAGGGGGCGGGAUGGUCUUCCAUCCGCACCCGGAGCGCCUGGCGCUCUGGGCUUGGCCCCUGAGUGGCUCAAUCUGUCAGCUGGGGGUCUCUCACAGCGAGUGA